AUGCCUCGCCGUGUAGCAAUUUCUAUCGAGCAAAAGCAAGCCCUACGAGCGCACCGGCGCGCCUUUCCUACCUUUCCAAAUAUCGAGCUUAAGCGCUGGUUCGAAGCCAAAUACCAGCAGGUUAUCUCAACAUCCUCGGUCUCCGAAAUCCUCUCUGCGAAAUAUACCCACCUUGACAACCCAAUCAAUCGUACCCAGAGCCAGAAACGCUUCCGACAGGAGUUCUAG